UGUUCCUUUUCCACUCUGCCAUGGACCAUGCCAAACUCAUGUUCCUCCAUCACGGAAGCUUCCCCUCCACGCCUCGUCGCAUCAGCUUGUCGGCGCCGCCCUCGCCAUUCCAUCCCGCCAAUCCGCACUCAUCCGCGCCGCAUUGAGCGAGGCUGCUGGGUGAGAAGAUAAGGUAGUCCUGCCAGGCUGCCACCCACCUCGGCAGACUCCACGCCCAUCAGUGGAGUCGCCCCUGGAAGACCAUCACCCGCGCCCGCGCCUGUGGGCUACCACCCGAGAUUUAUCAGCUGGCCGGCAAUAAGCAUUGGAGCGCGGGCGAGCAGCAGCCGUCCCCGUUGUGAUCGGGGCUAGCUCCAGCACAAUCGCGGAGAAGGCGGGGAGGCCCCCCCCCCCCUCGGCCCUCGGAUCGAGCAAGCAACCAACGAACGAAACGCAACCUCGACUGCUCCGCAGCAUUAUACUAAGUUACUGUUGCCUCUGACCCCGUGCGGAGCCCGAGGCCGGCCCAUCCCCUCGUUAUCCACCGCGUCGAGGUCAUUCUUCACCACGAUCCCAAGCCCCCCCGACACCGCCGACCUCCCCUUCGCCCGGUUCCUCGACUGUGCAGUUCAGCGACCUGCGCCCCGACAACGGCCCGAAACUCGCCGCAACACAUUGCUGGGACAGCAGAGCCGCCCGUCACGAGUCGCGCCCUUUCCGAGCGUCGUUCAUCAUGGUCUUUCUACCUCCGCCAUGGCUUCCCAAGCUGCCAGACCCCCCCGACUCCAUUACGGUCGAGGAAUUCAUCAACUCCGAAAAGCACGGUCGUCGAGUCCUCGCCCUGUCCCGGCCGCCGUACACAUGCGGUCUCACCGGUACCACGCGUAGUAGUGCCCAGGUGGCCCAGCGGGUCGACCAUCUGUCGCGCGCCAUUGGCAAGCGCCUGGGCUUCAGCCCUCGCGAAGGUACAGAGUGGGAUCGUGUCGUUGCAUUGUACUCCUUGAAUACGAUCGACUACGUCCCCUUCACCCACGCUGUCCAUCGUCUCUCUGGCAUUGUGACCCCCGCCAGCGCUGCCUAUUCUCACCAGGAGCUCGAGCAUCAGCUGCGCACCUCUGGCGCCAAGGCUCUCUUCACCUGUAUCCCCCUCCUUGACAACGCCCUCAAGGCCGCCCAGGGCGCAGGCCUGCCUCUCGACCGAAUCUUCAUCCUACCCGUCCCCAACGUCCCUCAUAAUGUGCCCCACGCGACCAUCGAAGACCUGAUUGAGGAGGGCAAAACCUUGCCUCCCUUGUCACCGCUCAGGUGGUCAAAAGGCCAAGGCACACGGCAGACGGCUUAUCUAGCCUACUCGAGCGGCACGUCCGGCCUGCCUAAAGCCGUCAUGAUCUCCCACCGCAAUGUCAUUGCCAACGUCCUCCAAAUCUGCGCGUCCGACUCCGUAUCGCGCGCCCACAUUGGCCUUCAGACGCAGACGACACUCGGUGUCUUACCCUUCAGCCACAUCUACGGCCUGGUGCUUGUCGGACUCGUUGGUCAAUAUCGCGGCGACCAGGUUGUCGUACUGCCCAGAUUCGACCUCACGAACGUGCUAGCGGCUGUUCAGGACCACCGAAUCGAGCAACUCAGCGUCGUCCCCCCCAUGCUCAUUCAGAUCAUCUCCAACCAGGAGAAGUGCGCCAAGUAUGACCUGAGCAGUGUGCGUUGGGUUUUCAGUGGGGCCGCUCCAUUGGGCUCUGAAGUCAUUGAUGACUUGCUCAAACGUUAUCCGAAUUGGCGCAUAGGGCAAGGAUACGGCAUGACGGAAGCAUCGCCUUCUAUUCUCAACACCAUCGAGACCGACACGCUCUUCGGCUCAUCCGGGGCUCUCGUUCCUGGAUCUGUUGCCAGGAUUAUCGACGCCGAGGGCAAGGAAGUUACGGAGCUCGAGACGCGCGGCGAGCUGCUUGUUCAAUCCCCCUCGAUUGUUCUUGGUUACCUCAACAACGAAAAGGCCAACGCAGAAACGUUCGUUUGGGAUGACGAUGGGCGGUGGCUCAAGACGGGUGACGAAGUUCUCGUGCGCAAGUCCAAGAACGGGACCGAGCACUUUGUUGUUACAGAUCGCAUAAAGGAGCUCAUUAAAGUCAAGGGUCAUCAAGUCGCCCCGGCCGAGCUUGAGGCGCAUCUCCUUGCACACCCGUUCGUUUCCGACUGCACCGUCAUUCCUGUCCCUGACGAUCGCGCCGGCGAGGUUCCCAAGGCAUAUGUUGUCAAGGCGACGGCCGCCAUCGGCAGCGCAUCUGAUGCAGACGUUGUCGCCGCCAUCUCCAAACACGUGGAGGAUCAUAAGGCGCGACACAAGUGGCUCAAGGGCGGUGUCGAAUUUAUCGACGCCAUCCCAAAAAGCCCCAGCGGCAAGAUUCUCCGACGACUACUCAAAGAAAGGGAGGCUCAGGGGCGAAAGAAGAAGGGUGCCAAGCUAUAGAGUGCCGGAUGCAUCGUACUAGCGUUUGAGAGACGUGGGUGCCCAGCUGUGCUCAGUUCGGUGUUGGGCUGCGAGUACAUGAGUAAGAGCACAUGAGCCUGGACUCUGUGAAUAGACAGCCGCACAGUAUAUGUAGAGCUUGUUUAUGACCAGCUACAUAUCCAC